AUGGGACCCAACCUCACGAAAAACGAAUCAACGAACGACCCGUUGGACACAAACACUGAUGCUACUACUGCUGGUUAUUGCACCCUAGUUGUCGAUUUCCCUCGAACCGAAAUACACACCACUCCCUUGAAAAACUUGAUCCCCCGGCUCACUGCUGACUUAUACUCUAAGGGUAAUCCCUCUACCGCAGUCAUUGACGCAGCCUAUCGGGCUCAAGGCACCAUUCUCUCCGCUAAGAAUUUCAACGUGACUCAAUACCAAGCCGCAUAUUCCACUCAAUUGGCAAAAAGUACACAUGGAGGUACUUUGUGGUCUCAUCAGAGAGAGGCGUUAUUGGAUGAUGUGGUGAAGGUAGGAUGGCAAGAUUUUCUUGUCAAACGUGUCACACAGGCCCAGGCCACGCUUCAGAAGGAGGGGAUGGAUCAGUCGGUGUAUGUGUUUUUUGACGCUCCGGAGUAUGAUAAGACUCUAUUGAAGGCGAAGAGUACGUGGGUGGGACCAUAUCAGCGCCCGUAG